AUGGUGAAGAUAGAGAUUCCCGAGCAGCUUGCUGCUCAUCUGAGCAGACUCCCAGCUUUGACGUUCACCAACAUCUUCCUCAGCUUCUGGUGUCUUAUCUUCUGCUACGUCGCCUGCAGGUCCUUCUACUACCUCUACCUCAGCCCCCUCCGCCACUACCCGGGCCCCAAGCUUUGGGCCAUCUCCCGCCUGCCAUGGAACUACGUCAACAUGAAGGGCCGCAUGACCUGGAAGAUCCGCGAGCUGCACGAGCAGUACGGCCCCGUGGUGCGCAUCGCGCCCGACGAGCUGUCGUACACGUCCGGCGCGGCGUGGAAGAAGAUCUACGGCCAGCGCAGCCCCGAGUUCCCCAAGGCGCUUGACGGCCGCGGCAUCGCCCCCGCGAAGCUCAACGGCCACAAGACGCUCAUGACGGAGACCCAGGAGCGGCACGCGAGGCUGCGCAGGGCGAUCAACCCGGCCUUCUCGGAGAAGGCGCUGCGCGAGCAGGAGUACUACUUCCAGAACCACUCGGAUAACAUGGUGAGGCAGCUCAUGAAGAGGUGCAAGGAGGGGCCGGUGGAUACGUCGACGUGGUUUAACUUGCUUGCGUUCGAUAUCGUCUCUGACCUCGCCUUUGGCAUUCCCGCAGGAGCCCUCGACAACGCCGACCAGCCCUGGAUCCGCGCCAUCAUGGGCCGCGCCACCGCCUACGUCUGGAUCCAGCUCGCCGUGCAGUACGGCUUCUUCGACUUCCUCACCUGGGUCACCCCGCGCCGCGUCACGGAAGCGCGCAAGAAGCACCUCGCCAUGACGGAGGCCAAGGUGCGCCAGCGCAUCGCGGCCAAGAACCCCGGCAAGGACUUCAUGUCGUACAUCCUCCACAACGACGAUGACGGCGUCAAGCUGUCCAACUUUGAGCUCGUCAUGCUCGCGGGCACCUUCAUCGUCGCCGGCAGCGGUACCACGGCCGGCGGCAUGUCUGGGCUGACGUACUUUCUGCUGCACAACCCGGACAAGCUCGCGAAGCUCAAGGCCGAGGUGAGGGGCGCGUUUAAGGCGAGGGAGGAGAUCACGAUGGUCUCGGCGCAGAACUGUAAGUACCUUCGCGCAUGCAUUAACGAGGCGAUGAGGUUGUAUCCUCCCACGCCGGGCUCGCUGCCACGCUGGGUGCCGGGGAAGGGGGAGGUGAUUGAGGGUAAAUGGGUUCCUGGCGGGUAUGCGGUUGCGGUGAACCAGUUCGCCGCCGGGCAUUCGAAGCACAAUUUCCACCGCCCCGGGGACUUUGUGCCCGAGAGAUGGCUUGAGCUGCCGCCCGGCUCCGAGUUUGCCAACGAUGACAGAGUGGCCGUGCAGCCGUUUUCUUACGGACAGCGCAUUUGCAUUGGAAAGCCCAUGGCGUAUGCCGAGAUGAGCCUCGCGUACGCCAAGAUGAUGUGGUACUUUGACCUCGAGGCCAACGAUUUGUCGGAAGACUGGUGGACGCCGCAGGGAACGUACAUUAUGUGGGAGAAGCUGCCGCUGUGGGUUAAGCUGCGUCCCAGAGAGGGCAUCGAGCAGGCUGCUUAG